AUGCUGUUUCAUAAGCUUUCUUUAUACUCGUUCCUCGCUGUGAUUGCUGCAUCACCAAUCACCUGCCUUGCAGAUGCUGAAAAAGCCGUCGCUGGAGUCAACAUUUUUGCCAGUAACCUGAGGGAAGCGCAUCAAGCCCUUCAAAGUUACGGUGACGGCCAGGUUACCGGCUACACUGUUGCCAAAAAGUUCGACCACGCACAUAGGUCCGCAAAAAAAGCGAACCUGCAACUCAGAGAGGCUGGACCACUCUCGGCUCCCGACGCCCGCAAAGUGGUUGAUGCUUAUAACCAGCUGCAGCCAGAGACGUUAGGAGUUCUCAGGACCGUGUCGGAAAAGGCUACUUCCAUGAAAAGCAAGGUCGGCGUGGCUUACGUGGCGCAAGGAAUCGUGGGUAACUUCCAGGAUGAAAACAAUGCCUUCCACGAUACUCUACGACAGAAUCUUCCAAAAGACCAGCAGGAAUCACUUUCGCCUAAUAUGUCUAAGGUAGACAGUGCAUUCACAGAUACCAGAAAGGCUAUUGAUGUUUAG